AAUUGAUUUAAAUUUAACAUUAAACAAGUUCAUAGUACUUCUACGGGUUUAGGUCACUAAUAAUACUAAUAAAGAUGAUUUUGACAAAAAUAGGACUUGAUUUGGUAAUUGCCUAAAAAGAGAUAACCACGCGUCUCAUUUAGAAACUUUAGGAGUAAAUUGUCAUAUUUGCCCCUGUUUUAUUUGAUACGCAUUUAAUUGAUUUUCUUUCCUAACUAACCUAACGAACGCUUUUCCUUAUAUCGCUUAUCAGAUCUCUUAAUACGAUUGAUCGAUCUGAAAUUGAAGCUGACGAAUUGACGGUAACUAUGGAAGACGAAGGAGGAAGUUAUCGCUGGUAUGAAACGGAAGAUUAUACAAGGAUGAAGAGGUUGCAACAAGUGAUGUUGACAUUAUUUUUUGAUGGAAGAUGGAACAAGGACAAAAAAUUUGUUUAUAGAGCAACAUACGGAUUAUUGAUUAAUCCAAAUGCCUCUUAUUGUGACUUGCUUUAUGAGAUACGAGGUACUGUGGAGCUCCAACAGAAUGUCAACAUAUUGAGUAUAUCAUAUCAAAUAGAUGAAACAUUUGAGCCAACAAUUAUAGAUAAUGAUCAGAGUGUAAGGUUUUAUUUACACCUUAAGACGGGUGUCAAAUCUGAAGUUGGAAAAUACCCAUUGUGUAUUCAAAUUGAAAAUGAUAAGGUAGUUCCUGAUGUGGAUAUGGACUGCCACAGUGAUACCUGGGAGGAAGUAGGUCAGUCAGAGUUCAAUUUGAAUGAUGAAUACCCAAGAACUGAUGUGACAAUGACCAGAAAUUCUGAAGUAUGUACUGGACCACCAUCCACAGCAGGUCAACUUACAACUUGUUCAACAAGUUCUUUAUUGUCAUGUAUGGAUGGUAGUAGAAGUGAAAUAUUGGAUGGAAUGGACACAACAUUAAGGAUCAAUGGGCUAUAUCCGAGUAAAGAGGAAUUUAAGGAGACUUUACAGAUAUAUGCCUUGCACAACAAAUUUGAAUUCGAAACCAAAACUUCGAAUCCUUGGGUUCUCCAUGUUAUUUGUGUUGAUCAAAAUUGCAAAUGGGCUGUCCGUGGAGUUAGAAUCAAGGAAUCAGAUUAUUUUCAAAUCAAAAGGUUUGACAACGUCCAUUCUUGCUCAAUUGACUAUAGACUUGGUGCAAAUAGGCAAGCAACCGCUGCAGUUAUAGGAAAACUUAUUAAACAUCAGUACCUUGAUGCUUCCAGAAAGCCUUAUCAACCAAAAGCAAUAAUGGCAGACUUAAGCAGGGAGUUAGGGCUGAAUGUGAGUUACAAAAAGGCAUGGAGGGGAAAGGAGCGUGCCUUGACUUCAAUAUCUGGAACAAACAUAGAAUCGUAUGGAAAGUUACCAACUUUAUGCUACAUGUUGAAAAAAACAAAUCCAGGUUCACUUGUUUUGCUUGACACUGAUAAGAAAGGGAAUUUCAAAACUUUGUUUAUGUCACUAGGAGCUUGGAGAGAAGGAUGGGCCUUUUGUCGUCCAGUUAUUAGCGUUGAUGGUUCUUUUCUGAAAGCCAAGUUUCGUGGAACAAUUCUGAGUGCAUGUUCUCUUGAUGCGAAUAGACAAAUUUUUCCAGUAGCCUUUGGAAUAUGUGAAAGAGAGAACAAGGAGUCGUGGUCAUGGUUUUUUAAUAAACUCAAGGAAGCCAUUGGGGUUAGAGCUGAUCUCUGUAUCGUGUCUGAUAGGAAUGAAGGUCUGAUUCGGGCUGCACAAGAUAUUUAUCCUGAAGCUGAUCAUGGGCAUUGCGUCCAACAUAUAUUGGGAAACAUAACAUCCAAGUACAAAGGAAAUUCAAAGAGAGUUACUACUUUUUUCAAUGCAGCUGCACGGGCAGCAACAGAGCGCAAAUGGGAAUAUUUCAUGAAGUUAUUAGAUGCAGAGGAUCCUCAAAUAAGGCAAUUUCUGGAAAAAAUUGGUCAUGAUAAGUGGGCAAGAUGUAAGUUUGCACGAAGGAGAUACUCGAUGGUAACUUCAAAUAAUGCUGAGUCAUUAAACGCAAUGGACGCAACCGCAAGAGAAUACCCAAUAUCAAUGUUGAUUGAGUUCCUAAGAUCAAGAAUGCAAACAUGGUUCCAUGACAGAAGGAAAUUAGCAAUUGAGAAUAAUUCAAAACUAUCUCUUGCAGCAGAGGAAGUGCUGGUUAACCUUCUCAAUGAUUCAACAGGGAUGAUUGUGAGACCAAGUACGGCUUACUUGUUUGAAGUGAUUGACAAAGCUUGCAGAGCAUACAUUGUUGACCUACUGGAAAGGACAUGCACGUGUAAAGAAUUUCAAUUGGAGGACUUUGUUUGUGUACAUGCCGUGGCAGCGAUUGCACACCGGAAAGGUCUAUCAUGCUAUGAUUUUGUUUCAGAAUACUACAAGAACAGUGCAUGGUUAAAUGCAUAUAGUGGAGUGGUAUAUCCUUUAGGAGAGUAUUCUGUUGAUGAUAUUCCAAUGGAGGACCGCAACAGGGUUGUAAAACCACCAGUCUCGGAUAAAAAGACAGCUGGGAGACCGAAAAACAAAAGAAUCCCUUCAAAGGGUGAGUUUGUGUCAAGACAAACUUGUGGGAGAUGCAAGCAACAUGGUCACAAUCAAAAAACAUGCCACAACCCAAUACCACGAGUUCCUAGAUAGAUUUUACUAUAAAAUGUGUUUGGUCUUUGUAAACAAUCGUAUUGAAUUACUUUACUUCAUAAUAAUAGUGCUGUAAUAAGGAUAUUAUGUCAGGAUUAUAACCUGCAGUUUUCUGGGCAGUGACUAAAGUGUAUUAUGUCAGGGUAUUAGGUGACAUAUGAUUGCUAUUACUGGUUUUGGUUGUUG